AUGAAAUGUAAUAGUACCCCUAAUUGCAGGGAAAACAGAUGCAUUAUUGUUUCCUUCCGUGAAAUAUGUACACAGUGCAACGAAGGCUAUGUCCCUCUAGAUGGAAUAUGUGCUGAUGACAAGUCAGUUAUUAAUGCCUUUGGCUGCACGGUGUCUGAUGGGAGGUGCACGAGCUGCAAAGGUGACAACCAUUUUCUCUUCUAUGGGGGCUGUCAUAAUACUGAAGAGACCGCAUUCAAUGUCUUUUGUGCUGAGGUGAAGGACGGUAAGUGCACCAAAUGCAAGGGGAUCACGUUCACCAAUCCAGAACCGAACGCUGUUGAGUUAUGCAUCCUCUGCAUGGAUACGGUAGGCUUCGGCAACUACAAGGGCAGGGAAGGAUGUACUCACUGCUUCAUGACUGACAUCGCUGGCACAGACCCGUUUGUCUGCGCCGGCUGUUCAGACCCGCAAUUGGCCCCAAUCGAUGGCACGUGCAGAGACAAGGGGACACACGAAUGUAGGAAUGGACAUUGUAGCGCUUGUGCCGUAACACAUAUUUUCUUUAAGUACGGAUGUUACGAUCGGUACGGGAGCAUUGCACAGAGGUACAUCUGCAAAGCAGAAAAUCAGUUUGAGCUAGGCAAUAGGGUGUGUUGCAGGAAGUGCGUUGACCCGCUAUUCUUUAUCAAUAACGGAGCAUGCGUGAGUGAGACUUUUACGUGCGAGCAACGGAGUGGAGAAGUCUGCACUAAAUGCAAUUCAAAGAUUCCUACAAUAUUCCUGUUCGGCGGAGGGUGUUAUGAAGCAAGUAAGGCUCCCGGGAACCUGCUCUGCAGCAAGGCUUCUGAUGGUAAGUGCACAAACUGGACGUGCGAUCAGAAAGGAGUGACAAAGCUAGGAGACGAUUGCAUUUUCUGCGAUGACUCGAAAGGCAGUGUUGGCUGCACUGAGUGCAAGGGCGAAGGUGACAAAUUCGCCUGUGUCGCUUGCAAGGAUGGCCUCUAUCGGCUGGUCAACGGAGCAUGUGCCUGUACUAUUGACAAGUGCAAGAAGUGUGCGAUACUAGGUUCUAGCCCCGUUUGCCUGGAGUGCGAGGGAAUGUUCUCUCUCGAUCAGAAGAGCUGCGUCACCGAGUGCCCGCCAGGCCAAAAGCCCGACGAGAAAAAGGAAAGGUGCCAAUGCAGCGAGGGAACGGUUCCAAAAUCCGAUUGGUCGGGAUGCGAGCACGAGGGAAACUGUCCAGCCAGUGCCGUCGGAUGUUCGAAGUGCAGCUCGAGCGGGAAGUGCGUCUCAUGUAUAUCCAAUGCUGAGUAUGUCAGCCCAGGGCAGACACGGUGCGUGUCCUUCUGCCCUGACGGUUCCCAGCCCCUUGGACAGCGCUGCAUCUGCGCUGCAGGCCUUACGCCUUCUAACGAUGAGUGCAUAGUGAGACAGAAGAACAAGGCUGGUUUAAGCACUCAGGCCAUUGCUGGGAUUGCCGUGGCUGGUACCAUGACCCUUGGCGCCCUUGCUGGGGUCCUGGUCUGGCUGUUUGUCUUUAGAAGAAAACAGUAA